UUUCAGUAUGCUUCUGAAGCUCAACUGGACUACAUUCGCGGCUUUUUGUGGCGGCGGAUUAUUUUUACCGCACCCCAGCUGAUGUCAUGAGUGUUUACAUUUUUCUAUUGACGACUUUCGCAGUUCUAGUGGGAUACCUGGCGUUGAAAUGGCGUCGUGCCCUGCAGUACUGGCAGAACCUGGGCAUUCCGUGCGAGGAGCCCCACUUCCUGAUGGGCAGCCUGUCGGGAGUGCAAACCAGUCGAACAUUCUGCGACGUUUGGGUGGAUUACUACAAUAAGUUCCGUGGGAGUGGCCCCUUCGCGGGCUUCUAUUGGUUCCAGCGACCCGGAGUACUUGUGCUGGACACCUCGCUGGCAAAGCUUAUCUUGAUCAAGGAGUUCAACAAGUUCACCGACCGUGGAUUCUAUCACAAUACCGAGGACGAUCCCCUGUCGGGCCAACUGUUCUUGCUGGACGGCCAUAAGUGGAAAUCUAUGAGACACAAGCUAUCAUCUACAUUUACAUCCGGGAAAAUGAAGCACAUGUUUCCCACCGUUGUGAGGGUGGGGCACGAGUUCAUCGAAGUCUUUGGGAAGACGCUGGACAGGUCCUCCAUUGUGGAGGUGAAGGACAUUCUGGCCAGAUUCGGCACAGAUGUGAUUGGCACCUGCGCCUUCGGCAUAGAGUGCAGUAGUCUCAAGGAUCCAGAGGCCGAAUUCCGGGUGAUGGGUCGAAGAGCCAUUUUCGAGCAUCGCCACGGACCCCUUGCGAUUGCGUUUAUAAAUAGCUUUCCGAAUCUGGCCCGUAAGCUUCACGUGAAAAUAACCAUACAGGAAGCCGAGGACUUCUUCCUGCGCAUCGUCAAGGAAACAGUGGCUCUUCGGGAGCAGAAUAACAUACGUCGCAAUGACUUUAUGGAUCAGUUGAUCGAUCUGAAAAACAGUCCACUGACAAAGUCUAAGACUGGGGAAAACGUGAGUCUUACGAUCGAGGAAAUAGCAGCUCAGGCGUUUGUGUUCUUCGGAGCUGGCUUCGAAACCUCAUCGACCACCAUGGCUUUCGCCUUGUACGAACUAGCCCAGCACCAGGACAUCCAGGACCUGGCGCGGAAAGAGUGCCAGGAGGUUAUUGCCAAGUGCAACGGGGAGCUAACCUACGAAUGUAUGAAGGAUUUGGUCUAUUUGGAUCAGGUAAUAUCGGAAACCCUGCGCCUCUACACCGUUCUUCCCGUCUUGAACCGCGAAUGCCUGGAGGACUUUGUUGUUCCUGGCUAUCCCGAAUACGUUAUCAAAAGGGGAAUGCCCAUUUUGAUUCCCUGCGGAGCCAUGCACCGCGAUGAGAACUUAUAUGCCAACCCGAAUACCUUUGACCCCGAGAACUUCUCCGCCGAACGCGUCAAGCAGCGCGACUCCGUGGAGUGGCUUCCCUUUGGUGAAGGUCCAAGAAACUGCAUCGGUAUGAGAUUUGGCCAGAUGCAGACUCGGAUCGGAUUGGCUUUCCUCCUCAAGAACUUCAAGUUCUCCGUGUGCGACCAGACCACGAUUCCCAUGGUAUACAGCAAGAAAACCUUCCUGAUAUCAAGCGAUAGCGGCAUCUUCUUGAAAGUUGAACGAGUCUAAGAUUCAUUUUGUUGAAACAUUCAACUGUACCAUAACAUUAUUUCCUUGCUUAAGGUACAUGUUGCUAAAUCUAUACACAUUUAUAGUACAGUUUAGCAGACAUAUGUUAACGUCGUCGAACCGGAUAGUGACUAACCGCAGGCAAAUGGUUUUACUUUACUAAUUAUCAUUAGUUGUCUUAUCACUAAGUGAUUAUUAAAAAUAAAAAUAAAUUCUUAUCGUAACGCAAUAACAAA